UAAAAAUAACAAACAAAAGAAAAAAUACCCGGUUCCUAAAAUAUUUUAAAUUAAUAAUAAAGAGUUGCUCUUAGAUUUAAAAAAAAAUUAAUUUCAUUUUUGUAAAAUAAUUAUGAAAAUUUAUUUUCUGAGAAUUAUAGAGGAAUUCGACAAGCAAAAUGAACAGAUUUCAAUGAUAUUGAAUAAAAACCAAAUGAAAAUUCUUAUUAAUAGUUUAAAUUUAAAAGAACAGGAUUUACUUGGUCAAGUUUUCAAGACUAUUUCUUGGAAUGUAGGAAGUUUACAUAUUUUAAAAAUUCUUCAAGAUUGCAAUAUUCUUUCAGCCUCUGAAUACAUAUUACAGCAAGGUGAUUCUGAAGAAGAUUUUGAACAUAUACAGUGUGUAAUGUCAGAUAUGCUUGAAUCAAAUAGUGAAUUAUUUGCCAACAUCAUUAACAAUUGCGCUCAUAAUUCAUCGAACACAAAGUUGAUUUUCUAUUUGGAUGAAGCAAUGUUACGUUUACUGAAAGAUUUUCAAGAAAAUGAAAACAUAAUAUCGAGUGAUUUCUUUAGAAAACUUUUACCCUUUCUAGAAGGAGAAUCAUUAGAGUACUUAACAUGUCUUUGCUUGAAUUUUUUACUUGAGCUUAGCACGGAUACUGCCAAAGAAGCUUUGGGUCAAAUUGAUAAUUGGAAAUCCUCUAUAUCAAGUGAUUCAAAAUUUUACGAAUUAUUAAAAGAGAUUGUCAUAUCCAAUCUCAGAGGGAUAACAAAUAAAAUUCUACAAGUUUCAUUAUAUCCAAAUUUUAAUCAUUGGAAAUAUUUAAUAAUAACAUUAGACAUCGUUGCAAGAAAUUCCGAUUCAAGUUUAUCAGCGACAAUCAAAAAGCAUUUAAGAGAUACCUUCAAAUUAGCUAUAAUGAAGGGGUCGUUAAAUUUAAUGUGUAGCCUCUUAAUUAUAGCCAGAACAGUUUGUAAUGAAGCUGCAGAAUCUCUUUUUGAUACAUAUUCAUUAUUUUAUAAAAAUACUUUUGGAGAUCUAAAAUAUGUAGUAUCAAAUAAAAGUGAAUUCGAAAACACAAUAGACCUUUUAAAUACAAUAAUAGAGGCUGAAACUAAUCCCAAAUAUUUAGAGACACAUGCCAAAAUUUCCAUUAAUCCGUUCACCCACUGCAAUGAAAUGAUUUUAGAAUACAAAAAGAGAUGUCGCAAGAAAAUUGAAGAAAUCUUAGCACCAAGAAAUUCAAAAAAAAGAAAAUUGGAUUCAAUGGAAAACCAAAUUUUAGAAGAGAGUGACACCGAUUUAUUUCAUUCACAAGAUGUAAUUUUAUUAGAUGAUUAA